AAUGAACUAUAAUUUCUAAUCGAAUUAAAAUUUGCCCGAGUGUUAAAGUUUUAAGCGCAAGCAGUUAACGAUAGUUGCUUAAAUUAAUUAACCUAUUAUUGUGCUUAAAUUAAAUAAUUGUAAUAUAUUAUAUCGUUUAAACGUCCAUCUCUAGACAGACCUAGCAGUUUGCAACAUUUUUUUUUAAGUGUCAUGAUUCCGCAGGAGUGGUUUUCGCGUUCGGGCUAAACUGAAAAAUAUGGACCAAAAGUAGGAACCUACCUUGGUAUAUAAUUAUUUUACAAUAAUGUCUUUAUUCCCGGCUUAUGCGACUGGUGAUAUUCACAAAUCAUCUGAUAAUUCGUCGCUUUCUGCAGUAGUAAAAUAUGAUAUAUAUGAUAACACCCAUGUCUUUACUGAGAGCCAGUUGUUGGCAAGUGAUGACGAGCAGAACCGCGAGUCAACAGGGAAGGAAAGGCAGAUACAGCAUGUGAGAGAGCGCUCUCCGCUGAAGGACAGUAAUGACUUCUAUCUUGAUACUAAGUUGGAUCCUGGCAACCUCCGAGUGUCUACACUUUACUACCCUGGAAGGCCUGAGUACACUCCCCAGGCGAUUAAUGUAGAACGCAAGAAGUCCCGUCGUUCACGGCGUUACUUCGAGUCGCAGGCGGAGGCGGCGGACGACGCGGCGGAGGUGGCCGCGCGCGCCGCCGCCUACCGCCGCGCGCUCGCCGACCAGCCGCAGGACGUAGACUUGUGGAUGCAGUUCAUUGACUUUCAGGAGCGAUGUAGCGGCGGGGAGGCGGCGUGUGCGGCGGCGGCGGAGGCGUGCGGCGCCGCCCCGCGCUGCGUCGCGCUGCGCGAGCUGCGGCUGGACCUCGCGCGCCGCCAUCUGCCGCCCGACCGACACCUCGCCGAGCUCAGGGACCUGCUGGCCAAAGAGUCCGACGAGCCCGGCAAGCUAUCGCUUUGGGUGCGGUUGCUGACCGCCGUCGCCUGUUCGCCGUCCUGCAGUCUCCCCGCUGUAACCGCCGUCGCACGCUCAGCGCUCAGCGCCUGCCGCGCGCCCGCCUCCUACCCGCGUCUGCUUUAUGUAUAUGGCGCGUUUCUGCGCUCCGCGGGUCUGUGGGAGCAGCUGAUCCUGCUGCUGGAGCUGGCGCUGGGCAUGAGCUUCCCCCCCGCGGCCGGGUUCCCGCCCCCGCCCGACCCGCACGACGAGCUUCACGAGGAAGCUUUACUGGAUGCGGAGGAGAGGUGUGUGCACAGCGGCAUGCCUCAGUCGGUGGUGUGGGCGCGCGUGGAGCGGCUGCGCGCGGCGCGGCGCUGGCGAGCGAGCGCGGCGGGCGCGGCCGCCAGCGCCGACCCGCAGCGCGCGCCCGCCGCCGCCGACCUCGCCGACCUGCUGCUGCCGCUCGCCGACCGCGACGGCCUCUUCUUGUUGCUCGUGCAGGCGCUGCGACUCGUCAAGGUGCCGCUGCUGCCGGGCGCGGGCUGGGUGUCGCGCGCGGCGGACGGCGCGGGCGCGGCGGCGCUGGCGGGCGCGGGCUGGAGCUGCGACUGCGGCGCGGCGCUGCUGCCGCUGCUGCGCGCCGCGCGCCGCCUGCCGCCCGCGCACCCCGCCCGCCCCGCCUCCGCCCGCCCGCUCGUCUCCUACCUGCAGCCGCCCAACUACUUGCAGCACACAGAAUUGUUGUCGUGGGUUGAGGCGCUAUGGGAGGCGGCUCUGAGCUGGACGAGCGAUGCAGAGCGCUCGGCGCUGCUGAGCUGGCGGCUGCGCUGGCUGCACGCGCAGAUGCUGCUGCUGGACCACCGGGAGGAGGAGGAGCUGCGGCGGCUGCGGGCGCGCGCGCGCGGCUGCCUCAAGCGGUUCGCGGGCGCCGCGGCGCUGCCGUUCCUGCAGUUCGCGAGGCUGGAGCUGCGGGUCGCCGGGCCCGCCGCCGCGCAACACGUCGCCAUCACCGCAUUGCGCAGGGACCAGAGCGCUCCAGUGGAGGUGCGCCUGUACGGCGCACGCGUGCUGCGUGAGCUGGGCGCGCCCGCCGCUGCCGACUGGGCGCUGUGCGGCGCCGCGCUGGGCCGCGUGCUGCCGUCCGACCCGCUGCCGCCGCUGCCGACCGCGCUGCGCGACCGCGCCUUCGCCCUGUGUGAAGAGCGCUGCGCCGAAAUAGAGAGUUCAUUUUCCUGUCGGUCGGAGCCGGAGUCGGCAGUCGCGGCGCUGCUGCCGUCGGAGGCGGAGUGGGCGGGCGCGCGCGUGCAGCUGGCGGGGGCGCAGCGUCGCGGGCAGCUGCUGGGGGCGCUGACGGGGGCGCGCGCCGGGGCGCUGGCGGGCGCGGGGGCGCGGGAGCGGCGCUGGCGCGAGCAAGAGGCGUGCGCACUGACGCUGGCGGCGGCGGCCGACGCGCGCGCGCUGCACACAGCACGCGCGCUCGCGCCUCUGUUCCCCGAUAAUGCUUUCUUGAAUCUAGCGGCGGCGGGUGGAGCGGCGGCGGCGGCGGUUGGGGCGGGGGCGGGGGCGGGGGCGGGGGCGGGGGCGGGGGCGGGGGCGGGGGCGGGGGCGGCGGCGCGCUCGGACGUGGCGGCGCUGGCGCGCGCGCUGCCUCAGCUCAUGGCGGCGCCGCUCGCGCAACUCACCGACAGAGAGGCGGAGCGCCUGUACCGCAGCGUGUCGCGCGCGGCGGCGGCGGGGGGCGGGGGCGCGCUGCUGGCGCUGGCGCAGCUGGAGGCCGCGGCGCGGCGUCCCCGCCCCGACGUCGCGUCCGCGCUCUACCGCGCGCUCGACGCCGCGCCGCACAGCAAGGCGCUGCACGUGUCGGGCGCGGCGUGGUGCGGCGCGGAGGCGCGAGCGCUGGCCGACGCGCUGCUGGACAAGCAGCUGCGGCUGCACGCGCUGCCCGACGAGCUGCAGCCGCCGUCUACCAUACCCGACCAAAUACAAUAAAUAUCAUUCAUAUUCA